CUGCACCGGCACUCACUCAAUAAGACUCAAAUCGUCCUUCUGUUUGUUGCAGGAAACGUCUGAAACGAGUCACUUCAAAGGGCCGAGUUCGACAUCAAACGACCCCAAUCCCGAGUGGCCAUUAAACGCUAAUUCAAUCAUAAAAACAAACAUGCCAUACUAUUUCCGUGAUCUAUGAACACACACAUGAACUCGGAACAGGAAAGCAUACACAAAGGUAACACUGAAGAUAUGCAAACUGUAGUUUCCAAUUAUGUCACUCCUGACCUGAUAGAGCAAGCUGAUAGUAGGCUAAUAGACAUCCACAAUGGAUUUCAGAACAAUAAUUACAGUAUAGAUUACGCUUAUGAUAAAAGUCCAGAAGAAAAAGUAAACAUCGAUGAAGAUAAAGAUGAAGAACUAAUUAUAACAGAUGAUAUUGUAGAAGAAACUAAAGAAUCUCACGAAACAAGUGUUACCAUCGAUAAUUUAGAAGAAGAGCGAGAUAAUAAUGAACAGAUAACGAAUACUGAAGAGCUUAGAAAAGUGGAGUCCUUUGAACCGUCUUGGCAUCCACAUGUCUAUGGUAAACCACCUAAAAUGCCAACGCCACAUACUAUAGAAUACAUAUUAGGUAUAAAUGGGAGAGGUAAUGAUGAAAACAAAAGAAAUGUGAGUCAGUUAAUAAAAGUCAAAAGAAAUUUCGAUGUAAGAAUGCCUUAUUCGAACGAAAAGAGUAUACAAGUUCAGACUGAUGUGCCGGAUAGAAAGUUAAAUAUAAGUGUACAUAAGAAUAAACUGCAGGAACAGUUAUUGCAGAGGGUUGUUAGAACUAGUGAUAGUGAAUUGGAAAAAGUGCAAUACGGGUUUAAGGGUGAUGAUCAGCCGUUGAAUCUGUCUGUGCCGAAAUCCAGAGAGUCGAGCUGGAGUUCCACAGACGAAGACAAAAUUUGUAAAGAUCCAUCAAAGCUGAUAAAAAGAAAAAAGUCCACGGACGAUGUGAGAUCUCCUCUCGGCGGUGAGGGCUCCCUGACCAGCGAGGAAGGCGAAGACCAAGGAGUAGGCAGGAGAAAAAAAGCGAGAACCACCUUCACUGGACGACAGAUCUUCGAACUCGAGAAGUUGUUCGAAGUGAAGAAGUACCUGUCUUCAGGAGAAAGGGCUGAUAUGGCCAAGUUGCUGAAUGUCACAGAAACACAGGUAAAGAUAGUCUUCAUAAGUUCAUUUAUUUUUAUAAGUAAACCAGCUAAACUCGGAGAUAUGUUUCCCCUAGGGUUAGAAAUCUUUAUGCCUUUUUCACUCAUUUUCUAAUUAUAAUGGUAAUCUAAGGAUGAAAUUCUUAGGCCAUAUAAACACGCCGAUGGAAUUGACUUGACUUUUUUAAUUGUCUUCUAGUUAUACUGUAUAUAAGUCAAUAAUAAGGGAUUAAUAUCACUCUUAGAAGGUCAGCCUUA